UUUUCCAUUUGCCGAACUGAUUGUGAGUGGACUGUGCGUUACAGUUAGUUUUGGUAACCAUCUGCAGAUUUCGCUUUAAUGAAAGAGAUGCUAAACUAUUAUUUUUGCGGUUAUGUGUGUGCAAGUGAAAGUGCCUUUAAUCGUUGUUAUUGAACAACUAAAAAAUUACCGCUUUAAUAUGAUGUUCUCGAAUGAUAGACCUAAAAAAAGGAUUAAAAGAUGAGAAAAUGCUUGAAUUUUAUCCUGGCUAGAAAAUUUAUUGUAAUUGAUUUUGAUAUGGCCACGUAAAAAUAUCAGAAGAUUUCGAUACGCAGCAAUACGCAAUUGUCAUUGAACAACUCUCAUAUAUAUGUUAGAAAUUGCAAAAAUAUCGCGAGCCAAAGAUAGCAGAAUUAUAAUGCAGGUUUCUGCACAUUCAUCUAACGCACAAUGAUAGCGACAACAGCAACGUCCCGAUAGCCGAUCAGCGAUGUUCCCAUCAACGAGUUUGCAACGCGCAAUCCAUGCACUGCGCAAUCCGCCGGUUUGGUCCGCGCAAAAAUUGCUCAAAACACGAAUUACAAUGUUCUUUGCUGUAAGAAAGCAUAGUUUAGAAGAAAUCAUUUGUGGCACGAUAUUCUUUUUGUACACCUUGCUCAGUUACAGCCGAGCGGAUCUUUUUCGGGAAUAUUCUCCUCAACCAUUCAGAAGAUCAAGGAAUUCGUAUCCGUGCGCACCUGUGGAUUCGACGGCGUCGUCAGGUCCAUUCGGUGCCAUCGCGUGUACGUUGAACCCCGUAUCAAGGAAAACUAACAGCGAAUCGGAACCAGAAGAUUACGUAUCACCUCCACCACCUGCAUAUGUUAAAGUGUCAGCACCUCUGUUAUACAAGCCUUUGCCGAGAACAUCUACCUUGGUGUACAUCGCGCCGCCCAUCGUCAAAUCUGCAUCGGCUGUCGUAGCUACAAAACCGAAAUUAGUGGAAAAGGAUGUUCAAUACAUGGCGUAUCCCAAGUACUCUUUUAAUUAUGGCGUAAUCGACGGAUAUACCGGCGAUUCGAAGUCAGCAUGGGAGGAACGAGACGGAGAUACAGUUAAAGGAGAAUAUUCAGUCGUUGAAGCGGACGGAACUAUCCGUACUGUUUCUUACACAGCUGAUGACCAUAACGGUUUUAAUGCGGUUGUAACUAGAAGCGAACCUUCAAGGAAUACGAAAUCUGCCGUCGAAGUAAAAGCGUUCGUACCCGGUGCCAUAUUUGCAAGCGAUAGGCAUGCAAUUUAAUAUUAACUUAAUUUACUAUUUUUCCUUUUGCAAAAUAUAUUUUUCCUCUAGAUAUUAUAUGCAUAUUUUCUACGCAACGUAUUUUGAAUAUAGUUUCCCUUGUUCUUAAAAAUUAUACAAUUUUCUUACUUUAAAAUGGUGCUUUUUGCAACGUAGUCCACAAUUUACAUUAUAUCAUAUUUCAUGUCUGAUAUAA